UGGUACCAACAAAAUUACAAAAUUGAAAUCUAAACUUCUGCAUUUGUUAGCACUAAUGAAAAAAUAUUUGGGUGUUAGUGUGUUACAAUGGUACUCAUAUGAGUCAUAUCAUUUAAAGUUUUAAACACAACUACCUACAAACUUUACUCGCACGCCCCACACCCAUGUCAAAUUCUCAAGCAUGUUUGUCAAAUUGUCCUAUUUUUAAACACUUAUUAAGCUCCAUUAUUGUUAACAACUUCAUAACAUAAUUAGAAAUAUUCAAACUAACUACACACCCCAAGUAGAGUAGCUAAAAAUGGAGAAUUUCUGCUCAAAAUGGUCUGUAACUUUCAUCUUCCUCAUCAUCCUCCUCACUUCAAUCCACUUCAUUUACACUCAAUUAUUCAUCCAUCUUUCAAUCAAUUUUGAUAACAUCAAACUCAAGAAAUCCCCACCACUUCCUUUGAGAUUCAACUCUGAUGGCACUUUCAAAAUCCUUCAGGUGGCUGAUAUGCAUUUUGGUCAAGGGUUGAUUACGAAAUGUAAAGGGGUUUCGCCUUCGGAAUUUAAGUAUUGUUCAGAUCUUAACACCACUAAGUUUGUUCAGAGGUUGAUUGAAGUUGAAAAACCAGAUUUUCUAGCUUUUACUGGAGACAAUAUAUUUGGGUCAAGCACGCCUGAUGCAGCCGAGUCGCUGUUUAAAGCUUUCAAACCUGCAGUGGAAUCUAGGCUUCCUUGGGCUGCUGUUUUAGGAAAUCAUGACCAAGAGUCAACUAUGAAUCGUGAGGAACUGAUGUCAUUGAUUUCACUCAUGGAUUAUUCGGUCUCUCAAGUCAAUCCAUCAUCUGGUCAUCAAGAAAGAGAUGAGCUGACUGGCAUUGAUGGAUUUGGAAAUUACAAUCUUUCGGUGCAUGGCCCUUAUGGUUCUCUAUUGGCCAACCUUAGUGUCUUGAACCUCUUGUUUCUUGAUAGCGGAGACAGGGCCAUAGUGGAAGGGAGACGAACAUAUGGAUGGAUCAGAGAAUCUCAACUGAAUUGGUUGAAAGGAUUUUCUCAAACAGAACAGGAUGAGCAUGGAGAAUGCAAUCACUGUAGAGGCUCCCCUUCGUCAAGUUUAUCAAGAGUGACACCUCUGGCACUUGGUUUCUUUCACAUUCCAAUCCCAGAAAUCAGACAGUUGUAUUAUCAGAAAGUUAUUGGCCACAUUGGAGAAAGUGUAGCUUGUUCAUCUGUUAAUUCUGGAGUUCUAAAAUCGUUAGUUUCAAUGAAGAACGUAAAAGGUGUCUUCAUAGGUCAUGAUCACAACAAUGAUUGCUGUGGAAAUCUGGAUGGUAUAUGGUUUUGUUAUGGAGGGGGUUCGGGAUAUCAUGGAUAUGGUAAGGUUGGUUGGGAUCGGAGAGCAAGGGUUGUUCAAGUUGAACUCUCAAAGAGGGAGAAUUCUUGGAUAGGUUUGGAGAAAAUUAGUACUUGGAAACGGCUGGAUGAUAAAUUGUUGAGCAAGAUUGAUGAGCAAGUACUGUGGGAUCAGAAUUCUUGAAAGUUAUCUGAUUUUCAGGUGCACUUUCAGUUCAGAAUUUUCAAUAUGUUGAAAAUCGGGUUGAUUUUUGUGACACGUAAGCUUAUGCCAGGAUGAAGAUUACUUUUUGCUUUGUUUGUGGCUCAUAUGUCUUUUGCUGAGUACAAUCAUGAUGAAGUAAUUUUUGGUUUAAUCAUGAUAUGUCUUUUGCUAAUUAUCAGAUGCUCUUAUGACUUCAGCGUUUGACUGUGUGACUGCAAGAAUAACGUAGAGCUGCAGGUAACGUGUGACACGAAUGGAUUGUAAGAUUUGUAACAUUAGGUUACUGCUUAUAUUAUCUAGGAUAGUAUUAUUAUUGUUAAAAUUGCUAACUUGGCUGGCAAUUCUGCAAUCUGAUUCCUUCAAUCCUAAAUAAUGCCAAUGGGCGAAAUGCUUUUGUUUUAAACUUUGUUUUGUAUAUUAAACCUUUAAAUGUGUACUCCCUCCGUUC